AUGUUCCCUGCCAUACUGUGUGGGAAGCGUGCUGUGGACAGAGGUGUGGUCACCCUGCUCAGUGACCGACUCAACGCUGUCUCAAUGAGCAAGGUGCAGAGGCUGCUGCAGCAGGGCCACGACGAGUGGUAUGUGGAGCGGCGUGACCUGUACCAGACUCUGCUGUACGAUGCCCACACAGCUGGAUCUGCUUCAUCUCAGGGGGGCAUCCUGUCCUAUGUGAGAGCAGCUGGCACUUACACCCCUCCCAUUGCCCAGUCUCCCCUUCCGUCUGCUCGUCUCCUGAGGCGUGCUCACCUGAUCAUGGAGAUCGAAAAGAUGCCCGUCUACAGACACCAGAUCCUCAGUGUGACUGGAGAAAUCCUGUGCAUUGAUGGUACAAGAAAGUAUGUCCUCAAGAAGAUAUAUGGUGAUGGCCAGGGUACACUGCAGUACGUCACCAGUGUACUGAACGAGUGGGGCCAGUUCUUGACGACAGUGGUGGUGGCAGCUGAGUCAGAGGGGUGCUACGCGCGCAUGGCGAAAGGUCUCAUUGCCCGGUUUCGACGUGCCAAUGCUCCCGCACCAAAAGUCAUUUAUGCAGACAACAACUGCUGUCGUGACAGCGGUUCCUCCUUUCUGGAGAGUCUGUUUGCUGACUGGGUACAGCAGGGUGCUGUGGUCAGACUGGACAUCCGACACUGGCUACAUCGCUGGGAUGCUGUUGUGAUCAAACAGAGCCAUGCCAAGUAUGGGUUGUUCAUGAGUGCCUUGGCGGGUGCGGUGCUCGCCUACAACAAAACGGACAUGAUGCUCCUGGUCCAGGCUGUCAGGAGUGGCAACAGAGAGCUGUACGGCAGGUAUUCCGACGAGGAGAUGAUAGCCUUCCUCAAGCCUCACCAGGUCAGAUCGUAUGUGAGGCGCAUCACCCGUCGGGUUGUGGUAAGUGUGACAUUGAUCCACGUAUGCAAUUUUUGA